AUGGGAUCUGCUACAUCUACGACAGCUCUACAACUAGCCCAAAUACCUAUAGCUCUACUGACAUAUCUGGGACUCGAUGGAGUAUCAUGGCCAGAACAAGCCGUUCUGAAAAAUAAUACUUCAUACGACUAUAUAGUUAUCGGUGCUGGUAGUGCAGGGUCUGUAGUAGCAACGAGAUUAGCAGAAGAUCAACAGAAUAGUGUGCUAGUUUUAGAAGCCGGGGGUGACCCACCUAUCAUCGCUCUUUUGGCGGCUUUUGUCGUAGCAUUACCUCACUCAAUUGCUGACUACAAUUAUACUUCUACCAUCGACCCUUAUGCAGCUAGAAGUCAAGACAACUAUACUAUGUUGACGGCAGGGAAGACUCUUGGAGGUUCUGACACUAUCAACCAUUUUUUACAUAUUCGAGGUUCGCCAUCGGACUUCGAUGGUUGGGCUGAAAUAUCUGGGGAUGAUUCUUGGAAAUAUACCAAUAUUUUAAAAUACUUUAUAAAAAGUGAAAGGGUCGACGACAAAGAAAUACUAAAAGAACAUCCUGAUUAUCACGGCACGACCGGACCUAUGGGCCUCACCAGACAAGUAGUAGAUUAUCAUGAACUUGAAGAUUACCUAAAAGCUUUUAGUGAGGCUGGUAAUCCUAUUAUUUUAGACUUAAAUGCGAACCAAUCCAUAGGAUAUACACAACCACAAUACACGUUAGCAGACAGAAAAAGGCAAACACCGGCUUAUUCAUACUUACAAAAAGUUAAAGAUUAUCCUAAUUUACAUGUAUCUAAAAAUACACGUGUCACAAAGAUUAUAUUUGAAAAUAAUGUUGCAGUAGCCGUGGAAGCGGUGUACAAGAAUAAAAAAUAUACCUUUAAAGCUGACAAGGAAAUAAUACUAAGUGCCGGAGUUUUUAAUACUCCUCAGAUACUAAUGCUUUCCGGUAUAGGUCCUGAAAAUCACUUAAAAUCAAAGAAUAUUGAAGUGAUAUCAAAUCUGCCAGUAGGAGAAAAUCUUAUGGAUCAAGUAACUGUAACCAUUGUUUAUAAAACAAAAAAGUAUUUGACACCACUCCUAGGUUUAACUAAACUUGACGCUAACCUUACAAAAAUUCCUUUCCCUGUCAUAGUUGGAACGGCAUCUUUAAAUAAAUCAGAUGUCACAAAUGCUGAUUAUCAAACUUAUAACUUACUAUUUGCUCAUGACACACCACUUCUGACAGUAGCGUGCCGUCCUGCUUUUGGAUAUCGUGAUGAUAUCUGUAAUGGCUGGAAAAAACAAGUAAGAUUACGCGACUCGCUUUUUAAUCUCAUUGUAAAUGUUCAACCAAAAUCAAGAGGCACUGUUCGUUUAAGGAGCACUGAUCCGUUUGACGAUCCUGAAAUCACCAUGAACUAUUUCUCAGAACAAGAAGAUUUAGAAGAUAUGUUGAAGUAUGUAAAAGAUUUUAUCAGAAUUGGGGAAACGGAUACUUUAAAAAAAAUGAAAGCAGAAAUUGUUGGUUUAGAUUUGCCAGAAUGUGCAGACAAGGAAAGAGGGUCAGAUGAGUUCUGGAAAUGUUAUAUUCUUAAUAGAGCCAUAAGUGUUUUCCAUUCCUCAUGCACUUGUCCCAUGGGAACUGUUGUUGAUGGUAAACUGAAACUUAAAGGAUUUGAAAACAUCAGAAUAGUUGAUGCUAGUGUUAUGCCUAAGGUCCCUAAGAGCGCUCCAAAUGCAGCAAUUAUAAUGUUAGCCGAAAAAGCGGCAGAUAUGAUAAAAAGUAAGUUGUAA